UUUGACAGUUCAAUCAGAAUCACGGUACUGUCAAGCAAUUAUUUUCCCUAUUUUCCAAUGCGUGUUUAAAACUGAUUUUAUAGAAAUCAAAAGACCAGAUAUUUUUGUGUUUAAUCUUAAGUUACAUAUUGCAAUUUAGAUAAAAAUGGAUGAUCCCGAACUACAAGCAAUCCGCCAGCAACGUCUUCAACAAAUGCAGGGAGCUAAUCCGGAACAGCAAAAGGCGAAAGAGGAGCAGAUGGCCGCCCAGGAAGACAUGAAAAAUUCGAUGCUCUCGCAGCUGCUGGAUCAGAACGCCCGCGCACGUCUCAACACGCUUAAAUUGAGUAAACCCGAAAAGGCUCAGAUGGUUGAGGGUAUGAUCAUCCGGAUGGCACAGAUGGGUCAGAUCGGCGGCAAACUGGACGAUGCUUCGUUGGUCAAACUGCUCGAAAGUCUCAAUCAGCAGAUGCCUCGUAGCAGUUCAACGGUUAAGUUUGACCGACGGAGAGCGGCCCUGGACUCGGAUGACGAUGAUGAUUACGGAAUUUGAGGGCAUGAUCUGUAAUACGGGGUUUGCCAUCGAUGGAGAUUAGGAAUCGCUCGUGAAGCGCGAUAGCUUACAGAGCUCAGAAAACGCAAUCGAACGGAUGCGAAAUUGUGCUUGCUUAGGCUGACAAAGCCGAUCUAAACUAAAAUAAUAAAAAAAACCGUUUAUAACUGA